UCACAGGUGGACGCGUCGGGUGACUUUGUAUCACGCAAGUGAUUUAUCGGAGCGCGCUGUCGGUGCAUUGUGUGCGUAGGUACCUACGUGUUCGCAGCUUGUUGAUAAUGUAAAUUGAAUUACUACUGACAAUGAUGUCUAGCAACGAGAAUUCGUUUGCUAUACUAUCUGACGAGGAGAUAAAUGGUGAAGACGUUAUUGAGACCAGAGAAUGUGAGAUGACAAGGGAUUUGCAUACUGUAAGCCGGUGGAGUAGUACGGAAAACUUAGUAGAAAUGAGUUCGGGAAGACCUUCAAAGAGAAACAGGGUGAUGAGUACCGAAGAAGUUUGGACUACAGUAGGAAAAAAGGCCAAGAAACCAGUGAGUUCCGAUGAAAAUGAUUUAACGAAUAAAGCUGAAGAAAAAAUUGAAAUUUGUUUGACAUGUCCAGAAAAACUACCUAAACAAUUUGGAUUGGCAAAAAUGAUGAAGGCUGAAAAUAUUAAAAAUGUUAUAAAAAUCAAAUACAUAAACGCAUAUAAGGUGUUAAUUCAUUUUAGUCAAGAAGAAAGUGCUGAAGAAUUUCUUCUAUCGAAAUUAUUCAACGAAAAUGGCUUCAAAUGUCAAAGAACCCUAGAAGUUAACCAGUCUUACGGUGUGAUUAAAGAUGUCGACCUACAUUUAAGCGACGAUGAAAUUUGUGAGGAGUUAAGAUGUGAGACUGAGAUAUUAGGAAUAAAACGACUUAAACGCAAAAACACGAAUGAUGGCCUAUGGGAAACGAGUGAAUCUGUUAGGAUAUGUUUCAAGGGUUCCCUCUUACCUUCAUAUGUAUAUAUAUGUGAUACUAGAGCCCAAGUUCACCCAUACACCUUCCCUGUUACUCAGUGUUCCAGAUGCUGGCGUUUUGGUCAUACGAUUAAAAUGUGCCCUUCUCUAAAAGUAAUUUGUCCUAAGUGCACUAAAAGUCAUGUUAAUUGUGAAACAACAGAAUUUAAAUGCAAUAAUUGCACCGGAAGACAUAUGGCUAUGGCUAAGAUUUGUCCAGUAUUUUUAAAAGAAAAACGAAUAAGGGAGAUCAUGUCGGAAUUUAACUGUUCAUAUAAAAAAGCCUUAACGAUGUUUCCACCAUCUGCAGCUCAUCAUGGCGGUCAAACACAAGACCUUAAUAAAGUUAUUGGCAAAGAUACAUCAGAAGACAUAAUUGAAGAAUCUAGAAACACUCCUUCCACCCCUAGUAUUAUAUUUCCUAUCAAACAUAUCUCCAAUAAGAACCAAAACUUAAAAAAGAAUCCAAAGGGACAAAAAAUAAAAGAGAAGAGGAAUAAUAAAAUAACAGAGAGAAAUGAAGACUACUUAGAAGAUGUUUUCGAAUCAAAUGAAAGCGAUACUAAAUCUGAAGAUGGCAUUCUAGAAGGAAAUCGCAACAACUAUAAAGAAAAAAUAUCUUGGAGUCAAUUGUUUAAGAAAAUUAAAAACAAAAUUUUCGAGAAAGGUAACGCGUCUUGGGAAGAUACAUUGAAAGAGUGUGUUGGUAUUGUAAUGGAAGGGUUAUUAUCAAUUUUCAUGAAAUUUAUCGCUGAUCAGCCUUGUUGUAACUUCAUAAAACAAUUAUGGACUACAGCAACCCAAGUAUCUCAAUAA